CUGUGCUCUCUCUCUCUCUCUCUCUCUGCCUCUCCCUCUCUCUCUCUCUCUCCCUUUCUCUCUGCCUCCCUCCCUCUCUCUCCCUCUUUCGCUUUCUCCCUCUCUCUCUUUCUCUCCCUCCCUCUCUCUCUCCUCCUCCUCCUGUUCUGCUGGCAGUGCUCUGCUGCCAUUUGUCCUCUCUGGCUGUGGUGCUGCUCACUGCAUUCCCGGCUCCUCCCUGCAGCUCUCCUUGUUGCUGUGAGAAAUGACAGCCAUCCUGGACCUAGCUCAGAUUGCAGAGGCUGAAAUUGGGGUGGAGCAUGACAUUGAGACCCCCCAUGGCGUUCUGCAUGUGACCAUGAGGGGUAGCCCAAAGGGGAACCGUCCAGUCAUCCUCACCUACCAUGACAUCGGCCUCAACCACAAGUCCUGCUUCAACACGCUCUUCAACUAUGAGGACAUGCAGGAGAUCACGCACCACUUCGCUGUUGUCCACGUCGAUGCCCCGGGCCAGCAGGAGGGUGCCCCGCCCUUCCCCACUGGGUACAUGUAUCCCUCCAUGGACCAACUGGCCGAGAUGCUCCCCUCUGUCCUAACUCAUCUGAAGGUGAACAGUGUGAUCGCAAUCGGAGUUGGAGCUGGCGCCUACAUCCUGUCCAGAUUCGCACUGAAUCACCCAAGCCUUGUGGAGGGACUGGUUUUGAUCAAUGUGGACCCAUGUGCCGAGGGCUGGAUAGAUUGGGCUGCCUCCAAGCUCUCUGGGUGGACAAGCAAUCUGGUGGACAUCGUUAUGGCCCAUCACUUCAGUGCGAAUGAGCUGACGGAGAAUCAGGAGCUGAUCCAGACUUACCGCCUGCACAUCGCCCAGGACAUUAACCAGGACAACCUGGGCCUCUUCUGCACCUCCUACAGCGGCCGUCGGGACCUGGAGAUCGAGAGACCUGUUCUCGGCCUGAACGAGGGCACAGUGAACACGCUGACCUGCCCUGCCCUGCUGGUGGUUGGAGACACAUCUCCGGCAGUGGAAGCUGUGGUGGAGUGCAACUCCAGGUUAAAUCCAUCAAACACAACACUGCUGAAGAUGGCAGACUGUGGUGGCUUGCCUCAGGUUGUCCAACCGGGUAAACUCACCGAAGCCUUCAAGUACUUUGUCCAGGGCAUGGGAUACAUCCCCCAUGUUCAGCUCAGCCAUCUGAACAAUGAAUCAGUCCCUACGGCGAGCAUGACCAGACUGGCCCGCUCCCGCACCCAGUCCUCCUCCAGCAUGGGCUCACCGGACGGCAGCCACUCCCACAGCCUGGGCAGCUCCCAGCUGGAUGGUGCCGGCUCGUCCACUGCCCUGGACAACCAGACCGGGCCCCAGACCAUGGAGGUGUCCUGCUAAACACUUCUGGUCUGACCCUCCCGGAUGCCUGCCGAAGUAUACCUCUGCCUCCCCCCCCAGCCUCCCACCCCUCUCCUGUGUCCCUCUUCUUAGCCUCUCCACACCGCCUCCUUUCCCUGAGCUCAAAGCCAGAGAGACCUGUAACGAAUGGUGUUGUAAAUGUGAAUAUAUACAUAUAUAAAUAUAACUAUAAUCAUAUGUAAUUACACACCUAUGGUAUAAAACUUCCAGUCACUAGCUGAGGGGACCAAAAAAAAUAAUAAAAAUAUAUAUAAAUAUUAAGAAAUUGACUGCAUAGGUUGAAUUACACCAAACCUGUUUCUUAUUGUUUUCUCGCAGUGUGUGCAUGUGAGUUGUGUGAAUACAAUGAGCAGGAUUUUGGGUGUUUUUUUUUUCUUUUAAGGUUGAAAUUUCAUUAUGGUUCUUAUUUUGAUUUCCUUCUCGUUGUUCAAUGAUGGUUCAUUUCUGGAGUCCUGUAUUUAUUAUUAUCCUUGUCAUUUCAGUUUUAGUAAAAUUUAGGUUUUUGUACAGUGCUCAUGUGUUGUUUUUGCUGAUGAAGAGGAAAGGUUCCAAGUAUUUUUGGAGUUAAGAAAAGGGCAGAGCUUUAUUUGGUAUAGGGCACUUAGGAGUCCCGUCUCUCUCCCUCCUCCUCCUAUUUUACACAGACCAACUGUUAGCCCUUCCCUUUCUCUUUUCAUCAAUAUCAUUCAUUGACCAAACGCAUUUAAAAAAAACACACCUAAAAUUCUUGCAUCACAAACACACUUGGCUCCCCUUUCUGAAAAAUAGUAACUUGUUCCAGCACUGUACCUUUAUACCUGUACCUGUACAGCAUGAUCACGUUAUAUACUGUAGGUGAAUUCAUGCUUUGGUUUAGACGUACACAAAGUAGAGCUGUCUGUGGUGUUUUGCUGUCUUUUCUGCUUGAGUGUUUUGUGUAACAGCCUGAGUGGGGGCGCCAGAGUUGUAGCUCGCAGACGUAAGAUGAAGUGAUGGGAGUGAACGACUCACUGCAGCCUGCUUAGCAUAGGCGGGUCAGAGGCACCUGCAGGAAAGCAGGAUUUACGGGUCCCCCAGAGGAGCACACAUAGAGGAACAUACAUAAUCUUCAUUCAUGCUUACGCUUCAAAGCAGGAAAAUAACACUACUUUUUUUUUUUUUUUUUUAAUUCUGUUGCCUGAUAUUAUCAGAUGAACAUUAUGAGACUUGACACCGGUGUUCUGCUAAGGCAAGCUCAUACUGACCAUUGCAGACAUAUUGGAGCUGAAGUCUAUAUUAAGUCCGAGCAAUAAGCAAGUGCUUGAGGAACAAAAAGCUUGUUCAAUUGGGAAGCAGUGGUACCACAUUUUCACAUUUUUUCAAAAUCCAUAAUGCAGUUCAUGUCAUGUGGGGAACUAGUGUAGGUGCACUUGAGACAUACUGCAGAUAGGCUACCUGUUGGUGUUUUCAAAACAACAUAAAUGGCACAGUUAAAUUAAAAAAUUGAGAAAUUGCACAAAAAUACCUACAAAUAAAAAAGUCUGCUUGACUGGCCCAUCCUUGGUUUAAAGCCCAUGCUCAUUCAUUUUGAAGUUCUUUGAUUUUGUUCAUAGUACGGGUCAUUGUCUUGGUUUUGUUUUUCUAUUCCUUUUUACAACAGUCAUCUCUAAAGUGAAAAUUGAUAGCUGUGUAAGGUAUCCAAACCUUUGAGUCUGUGAUGAUGUGGAAUUUUGUUCUGUCCCCAAUCAGAAGGGAACAUGUACCUCCCACUGUCUGCUGGUUCUGUUCAUUUGUACUGACCAUUAAAUAAAGCUAGAGGUUGUAAAAUAA